CAUGUAGAUCAGUUCAAUGUGCAGAGUGGGCUCUAUAUGAAGACGUUUGCUAGGGUCACAGAGCAGAAUGAACGACUGACUAAAAGCGAGAAGUCCAUACCACAAAAAGCCCAUAACGAAAGAAUCACAGUGUUAGUUGUGGACACUCGCGGCUCCCAACUCAUUACUGGAUGCUCUGGUGGUUGCUUGAAAUACUGGCAAGUCCGCACAGGCAAAUUACUAGCAACAAUGCGAACUCGACUACGCAUCGAGCGCUCUGCACCAUGUGUAUCCAACAGUUUGCUAGCACUAGCAUGUGCAAGCGACGAAGGUGGAGGUGGCUCCGUUGCUAUCAUAGACACGCUUUGCCGCCGCGUUGUGCGGAAUUUCGAUAAUGUAGGUAAGGUUGUUAAUGCCUUGACGUUCUCAAGUGAUGGACGGUGGGUUCUUACUGCGGACGACACUAGAUACAUUAGGGUUUGGGAGCUUUCCACAUCUCAGCUUAUAGAUGUAAUGCUGUUUGACAAGCCUUGUAUAGGCAUGUCCUUCAACAAUACUGGAGAAUAUCUAGCUACAAUCCAUCAGGGAGAAAAAUCGAUUUUUAUUUGGGCAAAUAAGAAGAUGUAUGCAUCUCAUGUGAACAUAAGAUCCCUACCAUUGGAUUAUCUCCCAACCUGGGCGUCACAUGUACCAGAAAUAGGUGUAAACACUUUUGUCAUUGAUGAUGAGAGCGAUGGCGAAUAUGAAGAAAAAGAACAGGUUGAUUCAUCCCUUGUGACGUAUUCCGGCCUAGCCCCAUCGCGUUGGGCAAAUCUCCCUGAGUUUGCACUCAUAAAAGAACGGAAUAAACCUGAGCAGCCAGCGAGAAAACCGAAAAAGGCACCGUUCUUUCUCACAGCUGCGCCUACAUUAGAAGGUUUUGAGUUUGUUGUUCCUCCAGAGGAUGGGAAAGAAAGACGGCGCGCACUACAGGCGAAAAGAAAUCUGUUAGAACUGGAAAGUUCAUUUAGCUCAUUAUUAAGAAAGUAA